AUGUACAUUGAGAAUGGGAAAAAAAAAAAGCAAAAGGGGAGAGAUGGGGAUUGGUGGAGACGCCUUGGGCUUCCGAGCCCGUACCGCCGUGGCAGACGGAACGGCAGCGAAGAGGAGGCAGAGGCAAGAAAAUUUCGAGGCAGCGGGUGGAUGGAUUCGGGGGUCCGUGAGUGGGGCGGCAAAUACGGUAAAUAA